UGUUGGUGAAAAUCCACGCUUACGGAGUUCGGGAAGAUGUGCCAUCGUUUGUUUUGUGCUAUUGUUGUCUUUAAGCAAAUGGCUCAAGCCGCCCAGCUCGGUGACACGGGUUCGAUCCCCGAUACGGGCAACUAUCAAUGACUGUUCCUGUUAUUGUUGCUUUUCAAAGCGUCUAAAGUGGGAUUCUUAAAUACCUACUUACGUCUGGAAUAGACUACGACUCUGCGUCUGUAUCAGAGCGAACACCCACUUUGUAUCAAUUAUCCGAACUAAACGUGAGUAAUAUCCAUGCACUGAUGUUAUAACACUGUAUAAUAUAACGCAUUGCAUUGUGCAUUGUAGAAGUGAAGGACAACUUUAAAACACGCAGAGUGGCAGUCGCUGGCCACGAUGAGCCACUGCGGGCGGCUCGAGGUGCCGUGUGACGGUCAGGAGGGGGCCACCUCGGACGACGAGACGGAGUGGAGAGAAAACAUCGCCAACGACUCACGUGCAAAGUCUCUCCCGAGAUCCGUGGCCACCAACUUAGGAAGUAGAGUCAUCAUCCACGUGGACAUGGAUUGCUUCUAUGCCCAAGUGGAAAUGAUCCGGAAUCCAGAACUAAGAGACAAACCACUCGGGAUCCAGCAGAAGUACCUGCUGGUGACGUGUAACUACGUGGCACGGGCGAUGGGUGUCUGCAAGAUGAUGAGCGUGAAGGCGGCACAGGUGAAGUGCCCCGGGCUGGUGCUGGUGAGCGGAGAGGACCUCACGCACUACCGCGAGAUGUCCUACCAGGUGACGGAGCUGCUGGAGCGGUUCAGCCCGCUGGUGGAAAGGCUGGGAUUCGAUGAGAAUUACGUGGACGUCACUGAGCUGGUGCACAGGCGGCUGGGACGAGGAGCGACCUGCCAGGAGCCCCCCCGAGUGGAGGGACACGUCUACGAUGACUUGAGCCUGGACGCGAGCAUUCCCCACCACGUGCAGCUGGCCAUGGGCUCAGUGCUGGCAGCCGAGAUACGGGGUUGCCUCUUGUCCGGGCUGGGCCUGACGAGCUGUGCAGGGAUCGCCCACAACAAGCUGGCGGCUAAGUUGGUAGGUUCGGCACACAAGCCGAACCAGCAGACCGUUCUGCUGCCCGAGGGCAUGGCAAGCCUCCUCGGGCACCUCACCCACCCCAAGCAGCUGACAGGCAUUGGCUACAGGACCAGUCAGAGGCUGGAAGCUAUGGGUGUCGGCAGCAUGGAGGAGCUACGCUCUUGUUCCCUCGAGGUGCUGGAGAAAGCGCUGGGCUCCUCCACGGCCACCUUUGUGAAGAAUCUCAGCUGUGGGGAGGACAACUCUCCCGUGCUGCCCUCUGGUCCCCCACAGUCUUUGAGCGAUGAGGACUCCUUCCAAAAGGCCUCAACAAAGGAGGAGGUUGUGGAAAAGAUGAGAGAGCUUCUAGGCAACCUGCUCCCAAGGCUGCGGAAGGACGGGCGCGUUCCUGGGACGGUCAGACUCAGCCUCCGCCGCUUCACACCGGGGAUUGAGCGCUACUUCAGCCGAGAGAGCCGCCAGUGUCCCGUACCGGCCCACCUCUUCCUCCGCUUCCACGCAGGAGAUGUCUUGGAAGUUAUAGAGCCCCUUCUGGAAGUGGUGAUUAAGCUUUUCCACAAGAUUAUUGAUGUGGCAAAGCCAUUCCACCUGACUCUCUUGAACAUCUGCUUCUCCAAGCUGGGUGCGGCAGCAAUUAAGUCCGCUUGUAGUAAAUCCAUCGGAGAUUUCUUCACCUCAGGAGUAAACAGCCUCAGUCAGGCUGCAUCUACUAGUGAUGUAAAGCUCCGUGUUCCUGUGGUUAGUCUUGCACAAAAAGAUGACGAACCUCGGGUGAAGAGAACUCAUAAUCGCGUGCCGAAAACCCCUGGUCACGGUCGACCCAACAAAAGGCAAAAGACUCUACGUGAUAUCUUUCAAGAGAGCUCUGCGAGUAGAGCGGCAGGAGCAGCUUGGACUUCUUCAUCCACCACAACAAAGUUCAGCACUGCAGCGAACACCCAGGUCAGUGAGCCGGACCUCCCUCCCGAGAUAGACGCAAGCGUCUUCCACGCCCUGCCGCCCAACAUACGGAGAGAAGUCCUUGCCGACUUGCAGCGUUCUGUCUCAGAAAGCAGCACAAACGACGCACAAACAGCACAGCAGUUGGACGUGACUGCCAAAAGAGUAAUUUUACCUAACAUGGCAGCAAGCACAGCUGACAUAAAUUUCGAAACCGAGAAUCUGGGCUCAGAUGAAGACUUAUCAAUUGCAGAAACUACAUUUGGAGUCGCGAUGAGUACCCACAGUGUUUUGACAGUUUCAUCCACUACCGAUCAGCACACUGGGGCAUCUCAUGAACUGUCUGAUAGUGAAGCACGCAGUCCGUCUGAGCGGUUGCAUGCAGUGGAACUCCCGGAGUUGAGCUCCCUGCCUGCAGACGUGGACCCGCAGGUGUUCACCCAGCUGCCCGCCGAGCUGCAGGAGGAGCUGUUUGCAUCAUGGAGGGGUCCGGCUAUUUCCACGCAACCCGGUUGUCAAAAGAGUGGUGAGACAGGAGCGGCGAUAGUGGGCGGCUCGCAGAGCCCGCAGGGCAUUUUGAAAUAUUUCAAAAGGGCAUGAGUUGUCCGUGUUAAACCCGGCACGUGUUAUGGCUAGGUCUGUGCAUGCUUGGCUUGUAAAUACUACACUGUGACUGUAGAGUUUAUGUGUGCGUAUCAAGUUAAUCGCAUUGUCGAGCACUGGAAUGGAUAUCAAGAUGUAGGCAACCAUAGAGAAAACCUGAAGCCAGGUAAUGGGAUACUUUAAAAAUGGACCAUAAAUGUUGGGGAUAUAUUGUACAAAAGUUGAGGUAUCUGGCAAAAGAGAGUAAUUGCAAAAUUUGGUGCUGUCAACAACACUGACUAUGAUGAUCUCAUGACACUGACCAUUUAGCCACGUGCUCUUUACGUUUUGCAAAUUCUGUGACGUCUCAGAGAAAAUAUUGCAAAUAUUGAAGGCUUAGUUUAAAUUAUGGCAAGAGUAACACACAAAAACUUUCCAGAGAUGUCUUGCCAACCAAGGUAGUCGAUACCAGGACUGAUUACAGCCAUAAAGUGGAUUUCCAAUGCCUACUUGAAUGUGGCGUUAGCAGAUGGCACCGCAGCAAAAUCCAUUAUACUGUACUAUGGUUCAACAGCCAUGCUCCCGACAUUUACUAACAACUGAAAUCGCCAUUCGCCACUAAGUGGCAGUGGCAUCACCAUGGCGCUUUUGCCAGGCGAGGUGCACCUUCAUGCCACGUGAUGUCGAAGGCUCGCUGGCAGGUCACGGGACAGCCCCAGGUUCCAUGGGUUGGCAGAUGCGCCACCCGCGCUGAUCCAGCUGCCAGUAGCACCUUUCACGAGCCUCCUCCACAGACGGCGAUCUUGUCACCUUUGCGUUUAGCUGCCUCAAUUCAGCCAAACAAAAGCUGCUUGGGCAUGCGGUGGCUGAGCAUGCAGACAGACGACAGGAUACAGCCAUCGCACUAACCAGCGUGCUGAAGUCAGGUCAAAUAACCCUCAUGACACACAUGGUGUGGGGAGGCCCUCAUCCAGCAGUGGAUUGACAAAAGGGCUGGACAUGCACAUGGGUUCUCUACUUCUAAAAGCGCUAUAUAAAGCUCAUUAAUCUUGAUUUUAAGCUUUUGUGACUGCAGGAAUCCAUACUCUUUGGUUCUUUCGGUAAAAUCACGGAGGUAGAAAAAUAAAAUAUAACAAAAAAGAAUAUAUCACGACGUUUCCAGCAGUGAAACUGCUGGAUAAUUUUUUCUGCCUGAGGACGACCGCUUGUGUUGCGAUCGAAACAUCGUGAUAUUUUUUUUCAUUUUUCUACCUACGUGACUUUACCGAAAGAACCAAAGAGUAAAGCUCAUUAAGAUAAGAAACCCAUUGACAGUGACUGAACAGUAUGAUCGUGCAGUUGUAUGUACUUGUCACUGCUCUGUCUUGCCUGUAAUUACCAGUUGCCAUUAGUCGUUUGUAAAAAUAAUCAAGUUUAAGUGCCUUCAGUACUUUAUAUGUUAUACUUAAUACUGUCUUUUUGCUAUUUGAUGCCUUUGUCAUGUUACUUGCUUUAUAAUAAAUCUGACAAUGCUUGCUGCACGUAACCAAUAUUAAGUGCAAUCGUUCUUCAUACAACUGCUCUUGUAUAAGUGUAAAUGUGAUUAUGUAAUUGUGUUGAUACAAGUGUAAUGACACAGCGCCGACUGCUGUUCAGCAGCCACAACUGCGGUGGACAGUU